UUUGAUGAUCAAGGCAGAGAGAGGACCGCAGGGAGCUACACCAUCGCUUCGCCCUACAACCCUGGUUUUGUUCAUUACCCACCAGGAGGAAUGUUUCUUUCGUACGCUCCCUUCCAUCGGUUCUUUCGUCUAGUCGAUCGAUAGUCCUCCCUAGCCAGCAAUCCCUACCUAGCUUUUUUUCCGCCUGCUUACUUCCCGAACGUUAAAACGAAAGAAGGAAGGGAAAUUAAGGGUCGCCCGUCGCGAUGCGACUCUUCAUCAUCCCGAUCUCGACACGGCGAGCUCUAAUUUAUUCGCGAACUUUCAGCAAGGAAGUCUCCAAGAAGGUUUCCCUGACCGACCGUGUCACAAGCAAGGUCGCUCAGACCUGGGCUCGAUGGGAGGAGGCUGAUAAAGGUUGGAAAAAACACCUCGUCUCCUGGGGAAAUCGUGUCCAGCAGCGUAUCCCCUUUGAAGAAUGGGGGCUCAAGAGUAUCCCUUCGCUCAGUGCCCAACGACGACUCGAUCCGUCGCAUGGGUCACAGCCGGUGGACGUGCUUUUCCCGGGCAACGCGAUCAAAGAGGAGAAGCUCCAGGCCCUUUUGCGGGCGAUUGCAACUGAGCGACAAGAUUUGCAUCGCAAGAAAAUGUGGUGGAGCUUCCUUGCAGCCCCUAUCACGGCCCCGAUUGGGUUGAUUCCUUUGAUCCCUAAUGUCCCUUUCUUUUACCUUGCGUACCGAGGUUGGUCGCAUUGGCGAGCAUUGAAUGGCUCCAGACACUUGGAGUUCCUGGUCGAGAAGAACUUGCUCAAACCGGUCUCAUAUCCCGCGCUUGAACAAUUGUACGCGAAGAGAGUCUCGCGUGCAUUAGAAAACAUCCCUCGAGAAAAGCCCGUUCUCCAAAUGGCGGAGGACGUGGAAAACAGCAAAGACACACUUUUACUCCGUAUGAAGGAUGCCAAAAAAUUGGCAUCGAUACUGGAUGCGCCCGAGCUGGCCCUGGAAGCCGAACGAGCGAUUGUACAGGUGGAAGAGCAACUGCUGAUACAGAAAAAGAAAGAGGAAGAAAAAUCUUCAAAGAAGGAGGCAUGACGAAUUAGGAUCUGCUUAGGAGCAGUCGCAUCCUCCUGACUUGGAUACUAGCUAGCGGUGGACUUGACCACGCACAGGGUAAUCCUCCACUCCGCCCAUGCCAACGUAGAGCCGUAAAUGCUUGGGCCAUGUACUAUACAGCAAUUGCCAAUGAAUGUACUCCAUAGCAACUCAUGAUC